CAUGCACAUCGCACACAGCACAACACCAAUGUCUUCUUCACAGCAUGUUGCUGCAAUCUCGCGGCGCCUGGACGCGCUCACAGAAGCAUACAAGCAGAUUCUCCAGAGCAUACACAGAAUCCCUCGCACUCCCGACCCCGAUGAACUUGAGAAACUCACCAGCACGAUACGUGAUUCACUGAAUGAUCUCUCGGAGGACCUCGAGGUACUGAACGUCUCUCUCGAGGAUGUCGGUGGCGCUCGUGCAGAUUCGGAGGAGAGCAGGCAGAAGUUGCGGCUCUUGGUUCAAGCACAACGUUUAGCAGAGGACAUUAAGAACGCGCGCCAAACCUUCAGACGCACGCAGAUCUAUAUGAAGAAAGCCGAAGAUACGGCUCGGAGAAAAGAGCGGGAAGACCGACUAAGACAGCUGCGAAAGCUGCCGAACGCUGCAGAGACACCGCAAGAAGGCGAGUGCCCAUCCACUACCACAACUACACCGUCUACGUCACAAGUCCUCCCUCCUCGACGGAAGAAGGAUGAUCGCUACGUGCAAGAAAACGACGCUCUCGUCAAUGCUUCCAGCGAUGUGCUCACGGCGCUGCGUCAGACCCACGCUCUCAUGGCCACAGAACUUGAACGUUCACAAUUUGCGCAAGAAAUCCUCGACUCUUCCACACGCGAGCUUGAACAACUAAACGAGUCGUACACAGACUUGGACACUAUGCUCAAGACAUCCAAAGGCUUAGUCACGCAGCUGAUGAAGAGCAAUAAGAGCGAUACUUGGUACCUCCUCACGGCGCGCACGUUCUUACUUGUCGUGCUAGCGUGGCUCGUGUGGAGAAGAUUACUUUGGGGUCCGACGUGGUGGUUCUUGUGGCUUCCCUUGAAGAUCAUGUAUAUGACUUUAGCGACGAUUUUGUCGGCUUUUGGGCUGGGUAGAAGACUGCCGGACAACAGUAUGGUGUCUAGGAGUAGUCUACGGGUCAUGCCAAGUGCUUCACAGGGUCCGCCAGUAGUGCUUAAUGGACGCCAGGCGCCUUAUAUCAAGGUCGGACGUGGCGGUGGUGCAUCUCCGCCCAAAGACCCCAGUGAAGAAGGCAGCUUGAGUCAGAAGAUUGGGAAAAUGGUGGAGAAUGCUGAGAAAGUUGUCAGAGGAGACGGCUCCGAGCUGGUUGACUCUGACGAACCAAGAAAUCCGAAGAAGAGGGUUAUGGACGCUUCCGAAGAGGGAUUGGGCGCUGGCGAUAUUAUCGAUAGCUUGGAUUCAAGAGAAGAAGAGGGACCCUCCCCAAAUGCUGUGGGUGGUGAGGAGAUCAGAGAUGAGCUGUGAAUUGUGAUAUUUCAUGAAUUAGCUUCUAUAGCAGCUUGAAUAGCUCUGCCGACCUCAUAAUACAUCUGGUAUUGAACGCCAGACCAUGCACGCGG